AGAAGAAGCAUGUUUUGAUUUGAAACUUGAGAAGAACAUUACCUGCAAGGGAUACGACGUGGCGGCCAAAAGCCUGAAAAGCACUCAUACCGUUUCUGGCAUGCACAUUUCACAUUCACUCCCAGGCUUCAGAGGGGGCUGGCCGGGUGGGUGCGGGGAUUAUAUACUCUGGGAGAGAAACGUGGUUCACAACCAUUGCUCGGAAGCUGACAGCCACAAUCGCUGCCCCUUGGUAAUAGACGUUUGUGCCAAGCAUGGUUUCAGCAUUGACACUCCUGCUCCUACUAACGGGGUUCACUCUGGGACCCAGUGAAGGCUCCAUCCCGGAGAUUUGCCGGGGCUUUUACUGCUACACGGGUGCCAGCUCUGAGCGGGGCUGGCCAUGCCCCGGCGCUCACUGCCAGGGCAGAUCUUUCAGACCAUCCCGGGGCAACUCGGCCCACAUUCAGGACAGGCCGAGCCUGGCGUCCAGGGGCUAUCAGAGAACCGGCCCCGGAGGAAUGACAGGUUCCAGAUCCCCCACCGACCCCAACACCAUCAACCACGCCGUGAGAAAGCAGGAGAGUGCCAGCGACCCUGCUCCUGCCAACGUGGGUCUUUGCCCGGGGGGCGAGUGCCCGGGUAGGCCGCCCACCUCGAACGAGACGAAGGAGUGCAAAGGCAUCGAGUGCAGGUUACCCCUGAGGGGCCGCCUGAAGCCCAAAGGCCGAGCUCAGUGUGGUGGUGGUGGAGGGCACUGCCCUCCUGGUCCGCUUGGAGUCGAGGCACAAGUUCUUGGGCAGUCCAGCCCGGUGCAUAUGCCUGACCGAGCCGCUCAGUACAUUGGAGAAAUUCCUGACCUCAGCUAUUCAACCACAGAGCUUGGAGCAGCAGCUUUGGGAGUUCAGCUCACAUGUGAUAUAAAACCAGGGGACAAUGAGGUGCCUUCUGAAGAUGCCUUGAUCUUGCAGCUUCAGCUAUCGAAGGGACAAGAGAAGUUUGUGGAAAUGCUGAAGAGUCAGCAGAAGACGAUUACUGAUUUGCAGCAGAGGCUCACUGAGCAACAAGCCAUGUUGAUAAACCAGCAAAGAGAAAUUUUGGCACAGCAAAGGAACAUGUUUGAACAGAUGGAGCUGGUGAAAGUCCAGUACACAAUGCUGUUUGAUACCAUUAAGCAGACAUCAUUUUUGAAUGUGCAGGCUGAGGUCCGGAACCAGUUUGAGUCUCACCUUCAGGGUCUGCAGAGUCAGAUUCAGAGUCAACUGCAAAAGACCUAUGCUGUGCACAAAGUGGAUUUGGAUGCAAAGGUGAUUGAUGUCGCUGAUCACCUUCUGCAGUGCGAUUUGUGCCAAAGUGGUGAAUACUGUGAUUUCCAGAAGAUGCCGCCCCAGUGUGAAAGGUGUACCAUGUGCCCGGCAGGGUUUUUCCAAGUGGCUGAAUGCUCUGCCACUGCUGACCGAAUUUGUCAGGACAAAGAUGAGUGUCUGGAAUCAGCAGAUCUUUGUGGCGAUCAGAUAAAAUGUCUUAAUACUCCAGGUGGAUUCAGGUGUCUGGGCGUUACUGACUGGGACAUAGCCUCAGGAUUUUGUGGGCAUGGCUACUUCUUCAAUAGAGAAAUGCAAGAAUGCCAGGCUUGUUCAUUGUGUCAUGAUGGUUUGGUAGCUUUCCAGUGCUCCCUGCAGAGUGAUACUGUUUGCACGCAGUCAUCUGAAAAUCAUCUCUCGGAAUCUUGGUCAACAAACACCGAAGCCCCGUCACUAACAUCCCGACAGAGCCCAGUUCACUUGGGCUUGAACCUCCCCUUAAAGGGAAAGCCCCAGACUGACCUGGUUACCAGCGAAGAUGGCAGGUUGGUCUUCAGGCAACAUGGACUGAUCUGGGUUGAUUACAAUUUUGCUGUCAGGCAUGACUGCAGAAACUUUCUCCAACUUUCGUUAAGACUGAACAAGGAGGAGGAAGAGGAGGAAAGUUGUGAUCUCAGUGGUGUCCGUGUUGAACAACCUGAGGGGAAGUAUUACCAGAGCAGCAGUGUGAGUGGCUCAGCUGAGGUGGAGCCCAGCCACAUGCUCCAAAUCUUCAUGAAAAGCCCCAAUCAGUUCUGCAACCAAAGCAAUGACCUCAACUUCUACCCCCUUCAGAACCCAUUCAGCUUUUUCUGGCUAUCUCAUGACACAGGAGCAGUGGCUAUGAGUGCUCACAUGGCAAGCUCUGUCCACUACCAGACCAACUAUCGUCCUGUCUUCAAGGUCAUUUCCAUCUCUGAUCCCUAUAUGAUCACUUUGUUCCAUGAUGGCAGGGCUGUGCGAUUCACUGAACAAGGGGUCAUAAAAUUUGUAUACCACCAGGCUCUAUAUGCAAUGGGUCACACAUGCAUUUGUGAAGGCUUUACAUUACUUUCCUACAUUAACAGGAAUGGGACGAAUGAAGAGUUAAUGCAAGUUUAUAAAUCUGGUGUCAACUACCGGGAUACUUCAAUUUCUGCCUCUGGAGCUGCCAUGGUAAAUGGUGGAGACACCAUCAGCUUUCAGAUCCACUCUCCUGCACAAUGCAGUGUGCGAUACUUUGGAGACUCUUCCGGGAUCAGUGUUUUCAGCCUGAUUUGGAUCCCGUCAGCAAUUUCGGCAGCUCUUUCCCUUUCAGUUUCGGCAUCUGCAUUACCAACAGGAGCAGUGAGGAAUAAGUUGCUCAGUUUCCAGAGCGUUUCGCCAGUGGUAGAACAGAAUCAGAUUGUGCUGGUGACGUCUGGGCAGUUUGCAUGCAAGUAUGUACAGUUCCGGCAGAGUGGAGUGGCCAGCCUUGCAUUCAAUAUCAAACUGAUUCAUUCUUGCGAUAUUGUCAAAGUCACCGUGAACCAACUGCAGAGCAGUCACGCUCAACCCUCUGUUGUUGCACGCCAAAUUGGGGGUCAGAUGCCUGUGGGUAGCCAAUGGACAAGUGUUGGCCUGAGUGCUUCAUUUGCUGUCCAGAAUGGCACAAUGGCUGCCAUCUCCCUGGACUGUGUGCGAGGCCGGAUAAAUCAGAUUGCGCACAGGCAUGGGACACACCUCUCCGUUUUAUGGAUUUCAUCCUGAGUUAUUGAAUUUCAGAUAAUGGACUACUAUUGUAGUUUUACAAUUUGUUAAUGUGAUCUGAUCUUUGAAGUGGGGAGAUCUAUAAUUGAAAAGAGUGCAACCAACAGAAAUGUUAUUUACCUGUGCAUUCCAAUAACACCCCACCUCCAGAGCUGUAAUAAGCUAGACAAAUGGAGAGAAAUGGAAAGCAGAAACAAACUCCACACUGACUUUGUGCACACUGCAAGAUUUCCAAUGUUCAUUGUAAGUGCUGCUUUACUGAACAUUAUGUCUUGGAACCAACAUUGCAAUGCAGCAAAUAGUGCUUCUGGUAAAAUCCCACCGCUUGAUGAAUGAACAUUAUUUGCUGAUUGUGUAAUGUGGCAGCGCUGUCACAAUAUGACACGUACAUUGUGUCAGUAAACUUUUGCCUAAUUAUUUCCAGCUCCAUUCUGACUAAAAAUUUAUUUAAACUUCAUUUCAAAGUUCUAACCACCAUCGCCACCCUGAAACCAUUCAUUAGAAAAGCUUAAACAGACUGAAGAUCAUUAAAUAUGAAGGUGUUAUUUACUUAAACAUUUCCUUUUGCAUUUAAGUAACUUAACAAGCUUGAAAAAAACUGAAAUCUUACAUUAUAAACAACAGCUUUGAAAUUAGUGCUAAUGGAUACUGAAAGUCACUUAUCGGACAAUAUAUAUGCAAAGAGUGGUUUUAUGUGAUGUAGUCUGUGCCUCAAUUGUUUCUCCUCCUUUAUAGAUGGGAGAGAUCGUCUGGGCCUGUGCUGGCAUUCUCAGCUACUGGGAAAAAUUUACAGUUUCUACCUCUUCAAGUGCUAGCAAUAAAAACAGGCUGGAAACAAUUUAUGGCAAUAUAAAUGAUGUUUCAUCCUUUGCCGUAAGCACUGUUGUAAACCCAGCUAUAGCCUGUCUAUGGGGAUUUUUUUUUGCUUUAUUUUUUAUCAGUGGUGUGUUGAGGCACAUUGUUGUUUGUUUGGCACUGUACCAGACACUUUACCACUGUUCUGUGAAAAUUAAUUUCAGUUGGCAUUGCCAACUGAUCACUAAAAUAGAGGGAAAAAACUGAUUACUGUAUGGAGCAAAAUUAUAUGUGUGAUCUCUCUGAAUAUAUUUAGUAUUGCUGCAGAUAGCAAGACAGAGCAAUUCUUCAUUCCUAAUCUCUACAUGUGUCAGAAGCAAGUGGAAACCAGAACUUUAAGCAUAUUGGUUUUGUGAUUAAUCUCAUAUUUUUCAUAUUUUUUUGCAGGGUGUAACAGGAAAUUAAUUUUUUUAAGAUUUCCACAACAAAGGUGUAUGUAUGUUGAUUUUGAAAUUUCCUCAGUGCAUAUUAGUUUAUGAAUGCUUAUUGUGACCAUUUACAGGUUCCUUGUUUAUUUUCUUUAAUGAUUUUGUCAGUUUAUACUAAAUUGAAAAGUGAGAUAUGGAAACAAAUAAAUAUGCUUAGUGCUAACGUCCACAUAGUGUACUUUCAAGAUUGUAGUUAACGCAGGUGCUGGUGAGAUGAAAAUGUAAUCGCAGAAAAUUAUCAGGAAAGUACCCUGGAAAGGAGAAGGUAACAAUGAAACAUUUUGUGAAUAUAGUUUUGUUUUGGUUGCCAGUGAGCCUAAGCACUAAGCAAGUUAGUGCUCCUGUAUUUUAGUUAAGAACACAUUUAAUGCAACUGUAUUAUCUAUCAAAACUAAAAAGAAUCUUAUGCAUGUUUCCAUUUUAAAGUCCUUUGCCAAAAGUGGGCAGUGAAUGUUUGAUAACACUUAAAGGUUUUUUUUCUCUUUUUUGAACUAUAUAUAAAUAUGUUAAAACAAUGUCACUGUUACCAAAUCAUAAGUAUAACAUGUACACUAUUUAUUAUA